GCAGCGGUCGAUAAUCAGCUCGAGGAAAUAAAUCAAAAGCUAGCACACUGGCCAAAAGGCAGCGCGAAACGCGUGUCUGGGGACCCCGAUUAAAGGGGGCAUAAACAAAUCGAAAGUUCUGUUAAAAAUCUGCUUAUUGUUAGCGACGAAUGUACUCUAGUUAAACAACAAUUAAUUGUUCCGCAUCAAGAGUUGCAGUUUGUUGAAUCGAGUGUCCAUGUUGAAUUGCCGUCGCUGUUUGUGCGAAGCAGAGAAAAAAAAACUGAAAAAGUGAAGAAGGCGGCUUUGCCUUUGCGGCCUCAAACUGGGUGAAUAUCGCAAAAUGACACGUGUUCGACGCAUUGUGCGCUCGACCUAAAAGUAUGCUGCAUCAUUAGUGUCAAGUUUUUGGCCAGACUUUCAGCCAGAGCGAAACAGCGAGAGAGGGUCCCAAACUGGGCUGGCGGCUCAUUAGGACAACAGCAAAAGCGCAUUACGAGGGCCAAACGACAAGUUCCUAAGUCAACUUAGACAGCCAGACAAAGUAUUCAUAAUUACGGCAGGCAACAGCAGCAGCAGCAACAUCAAGGCGAAUACAGUUGCUGUGCCUCGCAUAAAGUCAAGGCCACGCCCCACGCCCCCGGCCCACGUCAUAGUAAAGCAUGAACAUAGCUUGGGCAGCAAACAGAAGUAAUUUGUGCCACUCAAAGCUCUGCAGGAUGCCGGCGAGCUGAUGCGCUCCAGAAAAGCAGCAACAGCAGCACCAGCAGCAGCAGAAGAAGAAGAAGAAGUCCUUUCAGGGAAGAGAGGAGACAAAUUAAGAGCACUUGCAAAUUGUUGUCGGGAAAUUGAUAUAUUCGAUUAGCAAUCUACAAAGUUGAGCGAGGACAAAGACGAAGAAGCCCCGGCAAGCAGCAGGAGAUACUGGAGGCAUUUUCAAUUUAUCAGUGCAGGGGACACGCCCACGGACACGCCCAUACGCCCAGACGCCCAUCGACAGUUGCGCUGGCAUUGUGUGAAAAAAAGUAAAAGAAAAUUUACAUCCUGUGCUCCACGCAUUAGCCGCUUUAAGCCGAGUCAUGCCUGAGCAGGAUAAUUACGAUGAUGAGUUGGUUUCUAGCAACCCGAAUCAACGCAACUGGCGCGGCAUUCUCAUCGCUUUGCUGGUGAUUAUCAUUGUGCUGGCCCUGAUUGUAACCUCGGUGGUGCUGCUCACGCCCCCCGAUGAGGGACCGCGCGUCAAGGGGCAACGCAUCAAGCUGCAGGACAUUGUCGACGGACUCUACGUUCCACAGCGCGCGAAUGGCAGCUGGAUCGAUGCUGAGGAGUUUUUGUAUCAGGAUCAGUUGGGUCGCAUCUGCCUGCUGAAUGCAGCCAAUCGCACGGAACGCAUUCUCAUGUCUAAUGUGACAUUUAAAACCCUGGCGCCCUUCGCAUUCAGCAUAUCAGCAGAUAAGCGUUACCUGCUUCUGGCCCAGAAUGUGGCCAAGCUGUUUCGGCACUCGUAUUUGGCACAGUACACGCUCUUCGACAUACAGACGAGCGAAGCGAUUAAAUUGCGCUACGAUCCCCAGCAGGAGGAAUGGCCUUAUAUGCACUAUGCGCGAUUCGUCAACUCUGGAAAUGCGCUGAUCUGGGUGCACAACUAUGAUAUUUACUAUCGCAAAGAAGUUCGUGACUCACACGCCUAUCGCGUCACUCACGACUCGGUGCCGGGUAUUGUCUACAACGGCAUACCCGACUGGCUAUACGAAGAGGAAAUUCUGCAUACAAAUAAUGCCAUUUGGUUGCCGGAUGAGGGGCACCUGCUGCUCUACGCCAGCUUCAACGAUACACACGUGCAGGAGCAGCACUUUGCAUGGUAUGGCACCACCUCUGCAGGCGCCGCAGGUGGUGCUGCGACAGGCGGCACGAGUCAUGCCACUGGCAAUGCAAAUGGCGGGGGCGGUGGCUCAGCUGGUGGCACUAAUCCGCAUGCCAACUUGUAUCCGGAAAUUAGAUCCUUACGCUAUCCAAAGCCGGGCACACAGAAUCCCACAGUUACCUUGCGCGUGGCUGACCUAUCGGAUCCACAGAAGAUACACAUCACGGAUCUAACACCCCCAAAAAUACUGCAGAAUGAGGAUCAUUACUUUAGCAGCGCCAGCUGGGUGAGCGCCAAGGAGAUCGCCGUGGUGUGGCUGAAUCGACCGCAGAACAUAUCCGUGGUCAGCGUUUGCAGGAGUCCCUCGUUCGUGUGCACUGAGACGCAUCGUGUGAGCGGCGAUGGACGCGGCUGGGUGGACACCGUCUCGGUGCCAUUGUUUGCGGCAAAUGCGAGCCUCUAUGUGGCCAUAUCUCCGCUGCGCGACGGCUCGUUUGGCUAUUUCCGGCACAUCGUGCACGUGGACAUUGACAAUAAUCGGGUGCUGCCCCUCACUCACGGCCCCUACGAGGUGAAUCGACUUCUGCACUGGGAUCAACUCGAUAAUUGGAUAUAUUUUUUAGGCACACCCGAGCGUUUGCCCUCUCAACAGCAUUUGUAUCGAGUCUCCGCCCUGCCCGCUCGCCAGGGCCAGGCUCUGCAGGCACCGGACUGUCUGACGUGUCCGGCGCUAAAGCACAACAGCGAUGGCUAUGACGAGGGUCACACCAAAUCGCCGCCAAAGCUAGUGACCGCAUGGGACGACGACUGGGAGGACUCUGAAGAGGCGGAGUCGCUGCCACCGCCGCCAGCAAUGCCCGUGGAGCAACAGCGCCAGUCGCAUGCCCAUGGCGGAGCCCUGCCCCCACCACCCAGCGAUUGUUUGUACCAUGAGGCACAAUUUCCGCUGGCGCUUCGGGCUCGCUUUGUGCUGUUGGAAUGCCUGGGCCCAGUCGUGCCCAGCUCCAUAAUAUAUGGCUUGAAACUGGCCGGUGGAGCCAAGGCCAAGAAGCAGGGCGAAAAGCAGCUGCCAACGGAUGCUCCUGUCGAGGAAAAUAUUGAGCCCAAGUUGCAAUUUCUCGAGCUGCUUGCCACCGUGCAGAAUAACACGAGGCUUAAGGAGAAAAUGGCUAAGGUCGCGUUGCCACAGGUGAAAACCUUUCCCGUCAUGAUCUCUGGGGGCUACCAUGCCCAGGUGCGCCUCCACUUGCCGCCCGUGCUGCGCGAGGAUGAGAUCACACGCUAUCCCACCAUACUGCACGUUUACUCGGGCCCGGGCACCCAGCUGGUGACCGAUCGCUGGCACGUGGACUGGAACACGUAUUUGGCGGGCACCAAGGAUUACAUUGUGAUCGAGAUCGAUGGACGCGGCUCGUCGGGCCAGGGCUAUCAGCUGCUCCAUGAGGUCUACAAGCGCCUGGGCAGCGUUGAGGUCUCCGAUCAGCUGGAAGUCAGCGAAUAUCUGCGCGACAAUCUGCAUUUCAUCGAUGCUCGGCGCAUGGGUGUCUGGGGCUGGAGCUACGGCGGUUACACAGCUGCUCUUGCUCUCGCUGGACAACAGUCGAUCUUUCAAUGCGGCAUCAGCGUGUCCCCGGUGACAAAUUGGAAGCUAUAUGAUUCCACCUACGCGGAGCGCUAUCUCAGCUUUCCCAAUGUGACCGACAACUACAAGGGCUACGAGGAGAGCGAUCUAUCCAAAUACGUGGACAAUCUGCGCGAGCGACAGUUCCUGCUCGUGCACGGCACGGCGGACGACAAUGUCCAUGUCCAGCAGUCGAUGGUGCUGGCCCGGGCUCUAACCAGCAAAGGGGUGCUCUACAAGCAGCAAAUCUACCCGGACGAGGGGCACAGCUUGUCGGGUGUGAAGCGUCAUCUGUAUCGUUCGAUGACCGCCUUCUUUGAGGACUGCUUCAAGAAGCUGCUCGACCAACAACAGCAAAAUCAAACAGACUCCAUGGAUUUCCUGGACUUUCAUAGUUUCUAUGGCGGUUAAUCAAUUAACCCUUUGCCUAGGUGCCACCCGAGACGAAGGCAGGACUGGGCGGAGGCGGCACCGAGAUGCAACAGCAAUAAAAAGCAACAACAACACGAGCGGCAGCAAUAAAAAUUUUUGAUAACAGCAGCGCGAGUCAUUAAAUGAAAGCGAAACGUGCCAGAAAAACGUUUCCGUAAAUUACAUAAAACGUAAUAUAAAAUAAAAGAAAUCACACCCACAGACACACACAACAUGCAGACAAGCACUUUGUUUACAAGUUUAUGCGCGAAACUUUGCGCAUGUAAGGCCCCUGCGAAGCGUUGCCAGAUCUUGGAAAUUGGAAAUUGGCAACUGCAGAUCGUUCGCUACAUCAAUGCAACUCUGUGUGGACGAACCAAAUGGCAACCAAUAAGUUUGUUGCGCAAGCACAGCCAUCUUCAAGCAGAGCACGUGAAUAGGCACUUUAUUCAAAGUAAUAAUCAGCAAUAAAAAGUAAUAUACAUAAAUACGAAGUGAAAGUGCAAUAGAAAUAACCGAAAGAAAAAGAAAACAAAAUGGUUGUGAAAAGCAUACGCACGCACACAGAUACACACACGCUACAAUAAAUGUGUGCAAUAAAUAACUUACACGCGCAACACUCAUAACUGCCGACAGAGAGAACAAUGCAUGGGUGCCGCAUUUUCAUUUUCAUUUUCAUUUUCAUUUGUAUGAUAUUUAUUGAGUUUUUUAUGCAAUUGCUGCACAAAUUUCCAAUGAAACUUCGCCCAAAAUGAAAUAACAAAACUCAUGUAUAUAAAUAUAUAUAUACAUAUUUAUAUAGUAGUGCAAAGGUCGCCUGCCAGGUGGCCCAACCAAGUGUCAACCGUGGGGCGGGUCACGGGCUGAAUGUUGUGUAGGAAAUUAUGUUCAUAAAUCAAUUUUGUACACAUUUGAAAAAGCAAUUUAAAUGACAUUUUCUGAUAUCGGAGCACACCUAAAAUGCUUUUCGAAUGAUGGCCACAUAAAUCUCUAAUAGAAUUCAUGGACUGCAAGCCCAUUUUGCAGCUAUUUACUUGUUCGUUGAUUUCAAAAAGAGAAAAAGAAAAACAUUUUCGGUUUUCAGUCAGAGUGCAGAGUAAUUGAACACACACUACCACUCUACCACCUAUUUAUAGUCUGAUAUGAUUGCUCAUUUUAUACAAAUGGCCCAGGCU